AUGUCCACAACGGACUUAUUGAAAUUUCAAAAGGAUCUCGAGGAACGGGAGAAAGUCUUAGCGGAAAGGGCUAAGCAGCAGGAACAUCAGAGAAGCUUAUUGGUGAUGGAAAGUCAGCAAUUAGCUCAAGCAAGAGCAGAACUUAGGGCAGCAUCGAAAAAAGAAGAGCCACAAGUUAUUCACACCAUUGUUAGAGGUACAGUUGGUAAUAUUUCCGAAUUUUCUAUGAAAGAAGAUUACACGAGAUGGUUCGAGCGGGUAAUGCUCUACUUUACCGGUAACGAAGUACCGUGUGAGAAACAACCACAACCAAGUACGAUAGCUCAGCGUUACAAAUUCAAAGAAUGUAAGCAGCUAACAGGCGAGGACAUCAAGACGUAUCUCGCAAAGCUUAAGAAGCUUUCCACGCAUUGUCACUUUGAAGAGCAGCUGGAAAAUUGCAUCCGGGACCAGUUCGUAUGGGGUCUGGCCAGUGUGAGGAUCAAGAAGAGGCUUCUGGCUGAGCAACAGUUGACGUAUACCAGAGCGGUGGAAAUCAGCACUAGUAUGGAGAUGGCCGAACGAGAUGCGGCAGACAUGGCUAAUUCAGUGAACAGCACAGGCAACGCACUCAAUGUUAUCAAUAAGCAGAAAAAGGUUUUGCAGACGGUUACAUGUUUUUGUUGUGGGAAGAAAGGUCACAUGGCAAAAGAGUGUCGUUUUAAAGGGUAUUCUUGUAAUUCGUGCGGGAAGAAAGGACAUUUAGAGUCAGUUUGUAAAGUUCAGGCUUCAAACAAAGGCGUGAAGGGUAAAUCACCAAAACAAAGUCGCGCGAAUGGUAAUGUUAAAAUUAAAAAUGUGAAUCCGAAUAAUGUUAAAGAAUCGGAAGACAAUACAGGAUCACCGAUUUCGGCAAUUUCGGAGAAAGAUUUCGAUAGGCUUAAACCGUUUGAGAAUGCGGUAGUGUUGAAAAGUUCGCGCACUUUUAAAGCGUAUACAGGUAAUCCAAUAGUUCCUCUAGACAUAUUGAAGGUUAAGGUAACUUUUCAAAAUAGAAGCAAGGUUCUUGAAUUGUUUGUCUUACCAGGUAAAAGCGCACCUAUUGUUGGUCGUAAUUGGCUUAAGGCCUUAGAUAUUAUUCAAUUUGAUUUGGCAUCUGAAAAAUUGUCAGUCAGGACAGUUAAUGAAAAACAAAAUGAUAUUUGUAAAAGAUUUGAGUCACUUUUUUCAAAUGAAAUUGGAUGUUAUACGAAAAAGAAAUUUAAAUUGCAUCUCAAAGAAGGGGUUAGUCCGGUAUUUUGUAAACCAAGGCCGGUACCUUUCGCGUUAAGGGCGAAAAUUGAGAAUGAAAUUGAUCGUUUAGUUAAAGAUGGUAUUUUAGAAGCAGUUGAAUAUAGUGAUUGGGCAACACUGAUUGUGCCAGUGCCAAAAGUUAACGUGGAUAAACAUCCUAUUCCGAGAGUAUCGGAUUUGCUUACAAAGCUAAGUGGAGGUACGGUAUUUACCAAGUUGGAUUUAGCUCAGGCUUAUCAACAAGUAGAGUUGGAUGAGGAAUCAAAGUUACUUGUCACAAUAACAACUCAUAAGGGGUUAUUUAAAAGUAAUCGUUUAAGUUAUGGUGUAGCGUCAGUACCAGGGUUAUUCCAGCGUGAAAUGGAUAAGAUUUUUCAGGAUUUAGAUAUGGUAGCUAUUUUCUUUGACGAUUUAGUAGUUACAGGAGCUACUCGUGAAGAGCACGAUAGAAAUUUAACGUGUGUCUUGAAAAGGUUACAAGAUUGUGGUUUAACACUGAGUAAAGACAAGUGUGCGUUUGCACAAAGUAAUAUAGAAUUUUUAGGAUUCGAGUAA